UUAUCGUGCAGUUAAAAAAGAAACGUUGCAAUCUCAUCUACAGCGUUUAAAACGAUUCCCAUUGAUCUGACCAACAAAUUGUUUGUUAUUCAAUUAUUGGGUGUGUCUGUGAACUAAGAAUGUUGUUUAUUCAGGUGAUGGUCGAUGUAUCGCAUUUCCAGCCAAACGAGAUCUCUGUGAAGACGACCGACAAUAACAUCAUUGUUCACGCCAAGCAUGAGGAACGCAAGGAUCAAUUCUCACACGUCUCGCGGGAAUUUCGUCGUCGCGUUACCAUUCCCCAAGGAGUGAAUCCCGAGACAGUGACGUCCACCAUGUCGCCCGAAGGAAUUUUGACCAUCAUGGCUCCAAAAAUGAUGCUUGAAGGCUCAAAAGAACGAGUCAUCCCAAUUACGAUGACUCGGACUGCUGGAUUGACCAAUUCUCCGACUCCAAUCCAAGGAAAUUAGGACGUGGUGACUUUUGUGAUGGUAAAAGAAAAAAAAAAGGAUCGUUUCUAUUUUCAUUUUUCCUUUCCUCCUUGAAAUUUGCAGUGAUAGGUGUGAGUGUUUGUGUUGGUUGGUGUCGAUCAUGUUGAUGGGCUUAAAAUUCACAUUUCAAUAAGUAAUAAAAUUAUUAAUAUUCCAUUGUGAAUGGCGGAAAUACUGUAUGUACAAACUUUAUUCACCGAAUGGUUAACAAGCA